GCGGUUUGUGCCUGGCAGCCUGCUGAGCAAUCCUUCCUUCUCUAAAACGAAGUUUACAAUUGUUAGAAUUUUGUCAAAAAUUACUGAAUAUUAACUUGUGUUUGUUAAAUCAUCAUAAAUAUUACUAACUGCGAUAAAAAAUAUUAUUACGAUUAUUUGGGAAUAUUCCAGUUUCAAGCUUGCAUCUUUCGUUUAAUGAGGAAAUGGUAACCGGAUUCGAAAACUUUUGCAGCAGCGCCCUGCUUGAGUGAGUACAAGGACUAAAAGAAUCGCGAAGCAACAAUAAUAUCAGCGAGAAUGGAGGAGCCCAUGCCAGAAACGGCACAAGCCGCACAACAUGCCGAUGACAAUGCAUUGCGCAUUGGCGACAGCGAAUAUCAGAAAGGGGAACUUGUCUUUGGCUUGUUUAAAGACUCCAAAUUCCUCGAAGACCGCUGGUAUUUAGCGCGAGUGCUGGGCGUCGACGCAGACAAAAAGAAUUUUGAAGUGGAAUGGUUUGAAGACAAAAAAGCCGAAAUUCUACCUCCGAACUAUGUGAUGAAACAGAAGGAUAUGAUCCAGCCCGGUCUGGAUGUGAACAUUUUGCGGCAGGGAAAAACGCUGUAUGAUGUGGUUACUGUGACCGAGUUCCGGGAAGAUGGGAAGCAUGUGUUCAAAAACAGACGCGGAACAGUCGUGAAAAAUCAUCCUCCGAUCGAAAGUAUUAUGGUAAAGGUUCCUGAUUUAGAGGAGUUUCGCAAUUUUAAAGACCAAAAGCGCCGCAUGCCAGUGAGUGAAACGGACCAAGCGGUGGCUGGAACCGCAGAUGGCAAUAAGCCGUCGGCUGCCAGACCGAAAAAAUUGCUCAAAGCCGCUUCACGGCCUGAAUCGGCCAAGAGCGUCGACACAGAGAAGUUAGCAAAUGGUUCUGGAAGCAGCACCUCUUCGCCGCGAACAUCUCUCCAUGGAACGGCCAGUGAAGCCAAAACUGGGUUUCUCUCUGGAUGGAAUUUCAUAUUUUCCGAAGGGUCGGCUAAGGAUGGAUCAUUUUCUCGCUCUAAACUGACUGCGGAGAUUGAAUCAGUUGGCGGGAAAGUGUGGUCAACAUUUUCUGAGUUAUCAAAAUCAGCUGGCAACAAAAUGUUACUGGCACCUACCUACAGUCGGACGGCGAAAUAUUUUCAAUGUUUAGCAGCCAAUAUACCGUGCAUUUCUCAUCGCUGGAUUGAUGAACUGAUGGCUGAAAACAAAUUUAGUUUGUUCCAGAGCUUCCGGUUACCUGCGGGACGUUCUACAAGUGGUGCAGGAGCAGUCGUCGAAUGGAAGCCGAGAUCUCAUGGUUUACUGAAGGGUAGGCGGUUGGGAUUUUUUUCUGUUAAUUCCAUAGAAAGUGUGUGGAGACCGAUCGUUCGAGCUGCCGGAGCGGAAUGUGUUGUUUUAGAAUUCCAUAAUUUUCUUUCGGGUACAUUGUUGGAUGAUACUGGUUUGGGAAAAUUGCAACUGCAUGUUAUCAUGCAUGAAGAACAGUGUCCAACGGAGUUGGUGGAUGCCGCGCGCAACUGCAAUGUGCCACUGUGUGAUACGGAAUGGCUGUUGGAAACCCUUAUUCAAGGAACGAUACAGCCAUGUGCCUAAAUGAUCUACCUCGACAAAGUUACCAGUGCCGGUUUCUGAAUGUCAGCCAGUAUUUCUGUUUGUUGUUGAAAUACGUUUUUGUUAUAAUCAUCUUCUAAUUUGUGCAAUCCUAUUUUCGCCGAGUGUUUGUCUUUGUCUUCCUAGUUAACAUGUUUAAUAUAUCGUGCCUGUUUGGAUUUCCUGUUUGGUAACUCACGAGUUUCGUUAAAUAAUGUUUUUAUAAAAGGCAUGCUAACCUAAUGAAAAGUUCUUUUAUUAGCAAA